AUGAGCCUCUCCCGCCGGUGUUCCUCCGGCGACCUUGCAGCACACUCCUCGUAUCCGGUGUUGCUCUUGUCGUCCUUUACCGGUGAGACUCGGCUCCACUCACCGACUGCGGUUAUUGACUCAGUUCAGAUGCUUGUUUCCCCGCCUCCACCCUCCGCAGCAACAAACCAUACGAAGCUGCUCAAUUUCCUAGCUUGGCGGUGGAAGAUCCUGGCGACAGUGCUGAGAUCUCUUCACCCACCGGACCCUCCGGACCCCCUCGGUCCCCCCGGACUCAAGCUUCCCAUCUCCUCCACCGUCCUCCAUCUCAGUCGGUCGGAGCUUCCCGGUUGCUACUCCGAUGGUUCUCGAGCCUCCAUCGGGAAGGUCGUCUCUGGCCAGCUUUGGCUUCUUUGGCUUCACCGGCAAAGCAAUACCGCUCGACAACCAAUCCACACUCCACCACCGUCGGUUUAUGCCGAAGAUCUCUCUAUACCUGAACGGCACCAGAUCAGAAAAUUUGGAUAG